AGAAGGAAGUGGCUUAGCCUCAACAAACUCUUUUUUACUCCCAAAGCCUUUUUCCUCUGACCCGGCUGAGACUGCUGCUCUAAGAGGAGACCCCCGACUCAGAGAGAACCCCCGCCUGCCGUCAGAGGCUGAAAGGGCCCUGCAAGCUUUUCUCGGUUCCUGUCUAUUCCAGCAGCCCCAGAGGCUCUGAAGCCCCUCCAUGAAUCCUCAGAAGAAGGUGGACCUCAAGCUCAUCAUCAUCGGAGCCCUGGGUGUUGGAAAGACUUCCCUCCUCCACCGAUUCGUGCACAAGACAUUUUACGAGGACUAUCAGACCACACUGGGAGCCAGCAUCCUCUCCAAGAUUAUCAUACUGGAUGACACAACUUUGAAGCUACAGAUCUGGGACACAGGAGGACAGGAGCGAUUCCGCUCCAUGGUGUCUACAUUCUACAAAGGCUCUGAUGGCUGCGUCCUGGCUUUUGAUGUCACUGACGUGGAGACCUUUGAAGCCCUGGAAACCUGGAGGGGUGAUGUUCUGGCCAAAACCAUUCCAAUGGAGCAGUCCUACCCCAUGGUGGUGCUGGGGAACAAGAUUGAUCUGGCAGACCGGCAGGUGCCGCAGGAGGUAGCCCAAGACUGGUGUAAAGAGAAGGAUAUUCCCUAUUUUGAAGUCAGUGCCAAGAAUGACAUCAAUGUGGUACAAGCCUUCGAGAUGCUGGCCAGUCGGGCUCUGUCAAGGUAUCGAAGCGUCUUAGAGAAUUACCUCACAGACUCCAUCAAGCUCUCACCAGAAGGCCAGUCCAAGAGCAGCUGCUGCUGACCUUCCAGACUCCCGCUCUGCACACCCAGGGACAGAGCAUGCGCAAGGCCUGGUCAUCCUGGGCCCCCAACAGCCCCACUGCCCGCCGAAGCUCAGAUGGCAGUCCAGGCUCUGCGGCCAGAGCCCUGAAUCCCUCACAUCUGCGCGGGACCCAGAACCAGAGGGCGGCCCUGCCUCAGGCUGAGUGUAGAGAGGCCGGGGCUGGGCCCUUGAGCCUGGAUGAAACCCCGGAUGCCACAGCCAAACCCCAGAGGAGUCACGAUUCCCUCGUGGACUCCAGCUUUCUUGCCACAUGCCCUUCCCAGCCACACCCCUGCUCCAGAACACACAUCUCUGCAGACAGGCUGCUCUCUCUGGAGUCCUGUUAUAUUCUCCUAUGGACUGGCCUUCCUCAGCCCAACCACCACACCCCCCAAGAGCCACAGCACAGCUUUGGACAAGGGUACAGCUCAGGCUACCUCGUAACCGGGGCCAGGGAGUGAGGGUCUACCUCAACCCCUGGCAGCAGCUGUUCAGACCGGGGACACUCCCGUUUGUCCCCUCCAGAAUGCAGGACUGAGGGAGCGCAGGAAAAACCCACCGGGGACUGGUGCAUUUCUCCCUGCUGGUGCUCAGGCAACUCCCAUAACUCUCUUUGAGCUUCAGCUUAUUCAUCUGUCAAAUGGGAGUCACAUGUGCCCUGCCCACAUCAGUGUGGUUUUGAGGACCAGAACCUCUGCUUGAAUAUCAGUUGCUCUUGUUGAGAUACAUUUACUAUUCUUUCAACAAGUAUUUUUGAGUAUCUACUAUGUACAAUGCAUUGAGGUCCAGUGACAAAUGUAACCAACCUUGCUCUCCUGGAUCCGACAUUCUGGUGAGGGAGAGAGGCAGGAAACACAGAAUUUAAACAGGUAUUUUCAAAUAGCAGGUAAGUGCUUGAACAAAGUGAAACAAGGUAAUGGGAUAGAGAGGGACAGUUGGGUGCUGUUUCAGACGAAGUAGUCCAUGAAGGCUUCCCUGGGGAGGUGACAUUGGCUCAAAGGCUAGAGAAUGAGAAAGGGGCUGCCACCUGAACUUGACAAAGAACAUUCUGAGGAGAGGUUGCAUCAAGGACAAAGGCCCCAGAUCGAGGACAAACUUGUGUUCCAGGAACAGUGAAAAGAUUAAUUUAUCUGAGGACUCAAAGCUGCUAUCCCAGAGAAAAGCAAAGGGGACCCCGCCCAAUGGAUGACUCCUUGCGUCUCUGUCAACUGGCCACCAGAGGGCAGCAGUGCUCCUUUCCUUCCAGCAGAGCAGAAAGCGGAAGCUCCAGGGGCCCAUGAAGAGCUGCAGUUUUCCUGUGCAGAUGCUCAAAGCUCGUUCUCGGCCUCUGGGCAUUGUCAACCCUUCGACAUUUGUGGGGCAGGAAAAUCCCAGUUUCUUAAGCCUACAGAGAGAUGAGCAAAAACUGCAGCAUCAGUGAUUCAGGCAAGAAAUCUGCAUCAGUGACAAAUACUAGAAGAGGGGCCUGGAAAGCUCAUGGAGUCUCUGUCCCUGCAGUCUCUACAGCCAUAAUCUUCUUUUUCUUCUGGCGAUAAACAACACAGAUAGAGCCCAACCUGAAGGGAAUAGGCAAGAUGACCCUCCUAGGGUCUCCCAUGACCACAUCCAUGCCCACCACAGAAGUCUCCUGUCUACACAGAAGUAUCCUUCCCUGAGCUCCCAGCAGAGCUGGGGAUGUUAGCCUAUGACUUCCAAGUGUCAUCUAACACUGAAGAUAUGCCCAGAGGUAGGGGGAAAGGGGAGGUGGGAGUCAGUAAGAGAGUCUGGGGAACCCCUUCUCCCCACCCAGCUGUGAAGUAAGAAUUGCUCGUCCUGGGCAACGGCAUGGACCUGACACAGGAGCAGGUGGCCUGGAGCAUGCCUUUGUCUCUGUGUCCUUCAUGGGGUGGCACCCUGCAUGUCACACAGGCUCUCCUGGGAGUCAGUCGGACUGUGGAUUGGAUGUGUGGUGCGUGGGUGUGUAUGCAGCAGCUCGUGCACCGCAAUGGACGUAGGGACCAUUCUAAAUGUGCACAACAAAUAAUAAGUGUGUCUUUCUUUGUUUUAA